CCUGCAGCAAUAACGCAGAGUGCUAUUACCAUCAUCUGAGAGCAUUAGAAACUUUCAAAUGUCUAUUUCCGAUGCAAGCGCCAGCUCACGAGCGUCUGGAUCCCCUCAUUUGAUUGGCCACAGAAGCGCUACGUGGACAAAGAGCAGCAACAGGUAGAGCGCGCAUGUGACCGCUAUCAGUUCAUUCUGACUGCAGCUGUCAGGACGAUAACAGGUUCUUACCAAGUCAUUACCGCUCACCGUAAGGCUCUUAUCCUAAAGACUCAUCACUUUAAGUUGGGUGGAAAUUUAUUUUAAGGGCCUACACCAGGGUGUGGGUGACUCAAGCAUGAAGUCCAAAGGAAAGCGGUCAAAGCGGGGCAGACAGUCUUGGGCAGAGCAGGACGACCCAGGCUUCACACUGGAAACAGAACCAGGUUCCAGCGAGCAGGAGGGUUCAGAGGCAUCCGUGAGGCUCGGUGGAUCGUGGAGAACAUUGAGAGGUGAGGGGCAGGGUGGUACCAGGGUAAGCCAACGUCGUACACGAAAACACGGCUGUGCUAAGGAACGCAACGUCCGCAGGCUGGAGAGUAAUGAAAGGGAGAGGCAGAGGAUGCACAAACUUAACAAUGCUUUUCAGGCCCUACGAGAGGCCAUACCUCAUGUUAAAACAGACAAGAAACUUUCCAAGAUCGAGACUCUCACACUGGCCAAAAAUUACAUCAAGUCCUUAACCACAAUCAUACUGGGCAUGUCUAAUGCUUGUCUGCCUCAUCCAGAGGGUCACGUGGAGAUGAACGUCUCCCGGCUCCUGCAGUGCUAUCAGCAGCAUCUGGAGGAGGAGGGGGAGGAGGGUCUCUCCAGCUACCUGAGCCAAAUUCACAGCUUCAGCCAAGGCAGCUAACAC